GAUCGCAUUCACUCUCACCUCAGCCGUGGUUUUGCCUACGUCGAGUUUGAGAACGCAGAAGAUGCGGAGAAAGCGAUGAAACAUAUGGACGGAGGACAAAUUGAUGGUCAGGAAGUGACCGCUGCUCCGGUCCUUGUUCCGAAAGGCAUUCGAAGGCCGUCGCCUUGGCGACGCCCUCCGGGCGCUGGAUGGCGUCGCUCUCCUCCGCGUUAUCGACGAAUGUAA